CGUUACGAUCUUCAUAAAUGCUACCUUGUUAUUUGUUUUGACUUUUGUAAAUCAGCUGUCGUCAAUACCUACGUCAUUUAUUUAUUUAUUCUUUCUAUCAAGAAUCAAGAUUUAUUUUUACUACAGCCUUUCACUAAAGCAUACGAACUCUAAAUACAAUCAGGUACUCGACUUUCUCGUAGGAUUACGUAUGCACCGCUGCGUGCCUUAUCUCUCAGAGUGUUUAUAAUAAAAGUGAUUGCCUUCUUUACCACUCCCUUAUCCGACUUUGUGUCGCUGUAUUUUUGGAAAUAGUGAAAGUUUUCAAUAUGUCGGAGAAGCCGAGAAUUACCAUAUUGGAUGGAGGGUUCUCGUCCCAGAUAUCGUGCUACGUGGGCGACCGGGUGGACGGCGACCCGCUGUGGACGGCGCGCUUCCUGCAGACGCACCCCAAGGAGGUGGUCCGCGCGCACCUCGACUUCCUGAAGGCGGGCGCGGACGUGCUGCUCACCGACACGUACCAGGCCUCCGUGCCCGGCUUCGUGCGGUACCUGUACCUGGCGCCGCCCGAGGCCUACAAGCUGCUGGGCUACGCCGUGGAACUCGCCAAACAAGCAAGAGCCAAGUAUUUAGAAGAGAAAGCUGUGAGCACCGACCGCAUACCGCUCAUUGCAGGCUCCGUCGGCCCAUAUGGAGCCCACUUACACGACGGCUCAGAGUAUAAUGGAAGCUAUGCGGACACCACCUCCAAGGAAACCAUGAUUGAGUGGCACCGGCCUCGGGUCCAGGCGCUGGUGGAGGCCGGCGUGGACCUCCUGGCCCUCGAGACCAUCCCGUGCGAGAAGGAGGCCGAGGCCUUGCUGGACCUGCUCAAGGAGUUUCCCAACACCAAAGCCUGGAUGUCUUUCAGCUGUAAGGAUGGAAAAAGUCUAGCUCACGGAGAAGACUUUCAAACUGUGAUAAAAAAAUGCUGGGACUCAAAUCCCAAACAAUUAAUCGCAAUGGGGGUCAACUGCUGCAACCCUCAUUUUGUUGAAACAUUAUUCAAAGGAGUUAAUGAUGACAGGAUGGAAUCUCCAAUACCUUUUGUGGUGUACCCCAACUCGGGAGAGAAAUACAACUCGGAGCUGGGCUGGGUGGACCGCGACAAGUGUGACAGCUUGGACACAUUUGUGGACAAGUGGCUGGACCUCGGAGUCAGAUAUGUGGGAGGGUGCUGCAGGACUUAUGCUGAAGAUAUCAGCAAAAUAAAAAAAGCUAGAGUUUUUGGUAUUUCUGUUAGAAAAAAAGACAGAGAUAAUCAAUGGAAACUAAUAUUACGUGACAAUGACGAUCUUCAGGAUCAAAAUGUUAAAUUAAAAUCAGAAAUAGCAAAGUUGAAGAAAGAGUUGGGCAAGAUAAAGGAUGAAAAGUUUUCAGAUUAUUUAAAUUUAAUGCUAGAACGGGAUGCACGAUAUACCUUAUACUAUCAGAACUUGGAGCUAGAAUUAAAACUCAAAGAACUUGAUGGAUCUCGGGCAUCUGUUGACGAAUCUUACGGAGAUCCUAUAAUUUUGAGAAUCGCAUUAGAUCGAUGUCGAGAACAGUUGGCAGUCACACAAUCAAGUCUGGUAAAAAUUACAGAAGAAUAUGCAGAUACAGUUCCCAGAAGAGAUUUUGAUAAACUGGAAGCUAAAUAUCAUGAUAUGAAUAAUUUUAAUGAAUCUCUAAGAAGAGAUUUGGACAAGUUACAACAGAAAUUCAAUCGUCUGCUAAGCCUCAAAAAGAGCACUGAUGAAGAGUUAACUGAGAUAAAGGACCGAUGCAGAGAGCUAGAGCGCGCCGGCACCCCGCGCCCCCAGUGGGAUUUGUGUGCUGACUUCAUAGGAGGCGGCCGCGAUCGAUGGAGGCAACUUGCAAGUGCUCUAUCAUCAAGAGACAUUCUAAGGGUGCUCCUGAAAGAAUUAGGCCCAGCAGCGGAGAGUGACCAUUUGGAACAUUUUGAUGGACUGGGAUGCGAUCCAAUAAUACCUCCAUAUCUUCGCUACGAAGGCAAAGUGCGAAAUCUCAGACUGUCCCGACGGGAAAUCAGUGUUAUUAUUAAUGACAUAUGGUUGGGAAAACUGGAGAGUGGAAAAUCUUUAUCUAUGCAGGAUUACGUUACCAAAUAUUUUGAAGAUAGGUACCAGCAACCCUCAGUAAGAGCCGAGUGGGCCUACAACCUGUGCUCUGGUGCAGAACAGAUGCUAGAUGAACCUCAGGUGAAACUGUUCUGGGGAGUACUCCAUGGCCAUCUCAGUGAAGAUAUCUACUGGGGCCUUCGAGCAGAAUGGCAUAUUCUAAAGGAUAACUUGUAUAUACAGAGUAAAGAUGAUGAGACCAUAACAGUAGAUGAAUUCGAAAAAGUAGCGAAGACAACGUUCCCAUUGAAAAGUGAAGUUGAUAUUAAGAAUUUACUUGACGUUGUUAAAAAACAGUUGAAACUUAAGUUGAAUCAUAAUGAAAUUAAUUUGGACAAAUUGUUUUAUGAGAAUGAAGAAGGGAUUGAUCGAGUUGAAUUUGCCCGUGAGCUAUAUCGACAGAGACAAGUGGCUCAAGACAAGUACAUACGAGAAAUAGUAGCAGAGCUUGGUGGAAAAAAUGCCCCAAAUAAAAUGAUCAGUGUGGAAAACUUAAAACGAGCGUUUGCUAUUGUUGAUCCUGCCAUAGAUCACAUUCGGAUGGAAAGGAAUGUGCGUUGGGCAUUUUCAAAUAAAACCUCAGACAUUGACAGUAUCGCACCGUUACCCUUAAAAACCCUAGCAUCUAGAUUGGCAGCCGGUGAUAUCGAAAGAGUUGGUCCUAGAUAUAAAGGCGCUAAGCGCCGUAUUAUUUACAAGUAAAAUAAUUUAUAUUAACUAUAAGAAAAAAAGACGAUCCUACAUGAAUG